AAUUAAAGUUUGCUUUAGUUGAUUUUAGCUCUUUUAGUGGUUAUUAAGUAGUUAGUUUGAAAUCAGAUUUCUUGAAACAAUAAACGAAAACACGUAUUACUAUGAAAAGAAACGUGAACUUAACGAUAUUAUAAGUUAUACAUAAAAUUAAAAAAAAAUUCGUAAAUCUUGAUUGGAAAUUACGUGAUAGAAGAUGGAUGACUAUACAGUACCGUUAGAUCCUGAAACGGAUAUGUUUUGCACGUUAUAUUUAUUUACAAAUGUGCAAAACUCUGACGAAAUACGCAAGAAAGUUCUGAAUGGAGAACUUAGUUGUUCCAUUAUAAAAGCAGCACUUAUAGUAGAUCCGUUUCAUGUAGUAGUAACUGCCAACAAAGCAGCAGUUAGCGCAAAGUUGAAUCAGCUUACUACGAAGAGUAUAUAUACUGAAAUUUUAUUUAAUUUGUCAAUAUCGAAGAACAUAUCACGUUCAUUAAUGGAGUUUGGUAUUAACGAUAAUGAUAAGAAUGUAUUGAUAGUACACGUACACAAAAUGGAUAAUGAAGGAUCAAUGUCAGAAAUACUUAUGAAGAAUAUAAAAGGGGAGAAAACUUCACUUUCCAAACUAUCUCAAUUUUCAGACCUUGAAUUGAUAAAAAAAACAUACAAAAUUGAUAAAGACGAACAGACUGUAUCUAAUUUAACUUAUUCUAUUGUAUCCAGAAUUAGUUGUAAAGAGUUUAUAUUAUUAAAGUAACGUUACGGUUGUCAA